AUGGAAGCAAAGUGGGUGUUGAGUGUGUUGGCAUCAAUUUGCUGUGAGGUUGACUUGUUGAAUGAUUUGUCAGAACCUCUGAUCUUGUUGAAUUGGUCCCACAUGGCUUUGCCUCCACGCUUACUAUGGGUUUUGAGAUCCGCUCUGAACUUCGCAAGUGAUGGAGAAGUAGUCAGAGAAGUAGGUAAAGAGUCCCAGAGAAAAGGACCAGAAAAAGCAAAAGCAGAUUUGGCAAAAGAGUGUUUAACACGAGUAGCCAGUGCAAGAGAACAAGAUAUGGAGAUAUAUGAGAAAAGAAAGGGGCACGAGCAACUAGACGAGCAGCAGAGUUAA